UCAACUCGCCUAUAAAAGUGACAAUGUUGCUCUCGAACCUCAGUUCUAAGCCAGAAGCUAAACAAUAACUAAGUUCAGUGGAGAGAGAUAAUAUACUUUCUACAAUGAAUCACCGGUCGAAUUCGAACUUGUGGCUGCUUGCCUUGAUUGUCGUUAGUGGAGUUUGUCUGGGAAAUGCUCAAGUUCCCUUCCCCGGCAAGUGCCCUGAAGUCAAGCUACUGGAAACUUUCGAUGCGGAAGCGUACAUGGGCAUCUGGUACGAGUACUCCGCUUACCCAAAUACUUUUGAGCUCGGACAGGAAUGCGUCUAUGCGAACUACAGUAUCGUUGACAGUAGCACUGUUUCCGUGGUAAAUGGCGGUAUCAGUGGAUUCAGUGGUCAACCAACCAACGCAUCUGCAACUGCUAAGGUUCUUGGACCUGGUCAGUUGGCAGUGGCUUUUUACGAAGGCCAGUCCCUAGAGAAGGCCAACUACUUGGUAUUGGGCACCGACUAUAAAUCAUAUGCCGUUGUCUAUAGCUGCACCAGUGUAACAUCCUUCGCAAACAUCAAAUUCGUUUGGAUCCUAACUCGUGAGCGUGAACCUUCUUCGGAGAUAAUUGAUGUGGCCAAGCAGAUCUUGGUUGAUAAUAAGGUAUCCCAGGAAUACCUCAGCACUACGGUCCAACAGAACUGCCCCCAAUUGUAGGGAAAUCGUUCUGGAUUAUCGCAAACGAUGCCUUAAUGUGGCUGACUUGGUAACCACUCUGGUGCCAAAUGUCAUCUAAAAACAUGAAAAUUGUUUUGACGCUUAUAAAUGAACUUUUUAAGUUACUAAAUAUUUUGUUAUUCAAUUGUACAUUUAUUGAAAUGUUGUUAAUGUUCUUUAAUGUAUCAAUUAAAAAUAUAUGUUAUUGCAAAGAAUAAAACCAAAAAUUACUAUACUAUAA